UCUUCGGGAGAUACUUCAUAUCACAUCUUUGAUUUGUACAAAGGACCAUCAUGUUCUAGUAUCCUCUUAGAGUAUUGCGUGUCUUGCUCACGUCAACCAAGGUUCCCUGCUGCACCCCAAGCAAAAUCACUAGUCAACCAAUAUAUCAAUUAUGCAAGUCAACAGAUAAUAGUCGAUAGCAUGUACAAAGACUUUCCGAUAUCGCAAGGGUAUUGUCUUCUUUCCUUAAGGAUCAUUCAGUAUGCCUUUCUACACAGAUCCUCAACCAGGUCAGAGCUUCGCGGGUCAACAUCAACCCAGCUUCCACAUGCAACUGGCCCAGGAAGGAGCAAGCGAUCACGGCAUGAUAUUCGGAACUUCUAAUCAGCAAGUCCGGAGAUAUUCCAGAGAUGAUACGACGGUGCUGCCCCUAUAUUGCGCCCCUAACACACCCUCAAUCAAUACCUUCAGAGCACGACCCAGACCCUACAGUACACCAUGGUUUUCAUCUGAAGAGACCCUAUGGUCACUGGGACUAAUCGAGCAUGGCAGAUUCAACAAGCCUGAUACAGUCCUCUUAGCCUUCGUCGUGGACUGCGCCAUGAAGCUGUACAUAUGCGCCAGCAUCACCUUGCACUGUCUAGAAAGCUUGACGGAUUCGGACCUGGUGCAUACUAUUAUUCAGGCAGUCUAUACCAAUGUCCUCGGACAGAUACAGCGCGCUGACUUGAUGAGCCGCCAAGCGCUCGCUUUCGGGAAGUUUUACCUGAACGCCGUUGCGGACUUUGGAAAGAUUCGGGAACGCUGCAACAUCACCUUUGGACAAUAUAUCCAACAUCAACAGACUCGCAACGAUUUCGCAGUGAGGUUCCUCAUUUACGAUAGUUUUGGGGAUGCCGAUCUCGGUAUGAUUGAAGAUGCUUUCGGGUGGGUAUAUGGACAGUCGCCCUCCACGGUCGUCAACGGCAUGGAAGAGAACAUUACGGAGGACUCGUCCGGUCGCGAUCCUAUCUCGAUACGGCAAUGGGUCUUCAGAUUCAACUAAGAAUCCUCAGUAACGCAAUUGAGGCCUCGUUCCUACAAACACUAGCCUUUCGUUGACGAAAGGCUGCCACGGUUGAAACUCGGUGGGGGAGUCAACAUGGCAGAUGGCAUGUCAAGACAUGGGAUGGAUAACGUCUAAUUGGUUGAUGUUGGCGAAGAACUGGGACGGUGAUGAGAUGAGGUGAGAAGAGAAGGAAUGGGUAUAAUACCACGGUCAUCUAAACAAGAAGAAAGAAGAGGCGUAUGAAGAAUCGAAAA